UGACUGAUCAUGACGCGACCAUACCAGUUUCUCCACGAAGCCCUGCGCAACGACCAACUUUGACCCAGACGCGCAAUUUCAACACACCCUGGCGCGAUGCUGCACGCACCAUCAUGAUAACAAUAAAUAAAUUGUCACGGCUUCGGUUUAUGCACGGCGCGCUGCUAUUAUUAGGGGCGGUUCUUGUUUCCCUGCCCACGAGCUCUGACGCAGCCUAUCUGUACUCUAAACGGCUUAAGGAGGUGCAAGGAUGCCGGCCGAAUUCGGUGCCGGUGGAACAACGCUGCGACUACGUGCGACUCCACAAAUCGUGCCAAGCCGACGGCUGGCUUCCAUAUCUUGAAAUCCAUUAUUGCUACCUGGACCAGCUGGAAUGGGCCUCGACCACGCUCUUUUUGCUAUGGAUUGGAGUGCUCUUCCUCACCAUGCUCAUCGUGGCGGAGCGCUUCUUCUGCCCCAGCCUGGAGCUGAUCUCCGAGUACCUGCGCCUGCCGCCCUGUGUGGCGGGCGCAACGCUGCUCAGCUUCGGCAACGGCGCACCCGACGUGUUCACGCAGCUCGCAGCCAUAAGUCAGGGCGACAGUGACGUCGCCAGCCCCGCCGCCAUCGGCAUGGCACUCAGCGAGCCGCUGGGAAGCGGGCUGUUUGUGGGGAACGUGGUGUUCGCGCUCGUCAUCUUUUGCUCCGGGGCAGAGCAGAUCCUGGUCCAGCGCGGCUAUUUCAUUAAGGACUGCCUGUUCUACCUGGGGGGAGUGGCCACCGUGCUGUGCUACCUCCUGUACGGCACGAUGUCGCUGUGGCAGGUGGGGCUGCUGGCGGCCUACUACCUUGUGUUCCUGGCCGCCACCAUCACUAUGGCGCGACACGACGAGCCGGUGCACGCCGACCCACGCCUCCACGAGCUGCCGCACCGCCUGCGGCCGCUGGACAGCUUCCUGCGGGAGAGCUUCCGGCCAGACAGCUUCCGGCGUCUGUUUGGGGACUUUAGCUUCCGCGGCUCAGACGCGGGAGGAGGUGGUGCGGGCAGCGGCGGGGGGCCGGAGGGCUCCAGCCCACGCGGCGACUCCGAGGCACCGCUGUCAUCCCGCCAGCGCAGCGGCCUUGACAUCAUCCACGAGAGCGCCCAGCCCGGCGAGGAGGGCGAGGACGGCGAGCGUGCGCCGCUGCUACAGCCGCUGCUACAGCCGCUGCCGCCGCCCACCGAGGAGGAGCAGGCGCUGCUCUUCCGGGGGUUCGUGGCGCCGCCGCCGGUGCUACAGCCGACGCCGGUGCUACAGCAAACUCUGGCGCAGGCCGACGCCGCUGCCCCGGCGCCAGCGCCGUUGACGCCGGCGCCGGCGCUGCCCGCGCUGCCGGCAAACGGCCAUGCGGCAUCGAACAACGUCCAGCCGACAAACGACGUCCAGCCGACUAACGGGCUGAAGGGCGGCGCACCGACUGCCGCCCUGUCGCCUGUGAAGACCGGCGUCGGCAGUAGCAGCUACAGCACUGGUGCCGCCAGCAAGGCCAUGGCGGCCGUCAGCGCGACGGCAGUAGCAGCGCCCUCGCCGCCAGCACGGAGGCCGCCGCCGCCGGCUGGCGCGGCUGUAGCGCAUGCAGCUGCAGCGGCUGUAGCACCCCUAGGGAACGGCGGCGGCCCCUUCAGUCCCUCACCCGCCGCCGCGCCGCCGCCGACUUUCCAACAAAUGUACGGCGGCGGGAGGCGGAAGUCGGGUGACGGCGAGGGCAGCGGCCGCGGCGGCGUCGCCUUUUUUGGCAACGCCGUCGGCGACGGAAGCCCAGUCACCACGGAGGGGAGCUGUAGCCUGUGUGCGUGGAGUGGGCCCGGCGGCGGCGGCGGCCACGGCCACGGCGGCGGCGGCGGCCAUGGCGGCGGCUUGAGCGGCGGCGGCGGCAUGAGCCGUACGGGCUCCAUGCGGCGCGACCACAGCGGCCGGCCGCCGGGGCGGCUGGAGCAGCUGUGGCGGCGGCUGGAGCGGCCGGCACUGGCGUUCCUGUCCGUGUUCAUGCCGCGGCUCGCCAUUGACACGCACGCGCGCUACCGCAAGACGUACGCCGUGCUACUGCCGCCGCUGCUGCCCACCCUGGUGGCGCUGGUGCAAAGCAUCGACAUCGGCAGUAGCAGCGGCAGUAGCAGCAGCAGUAGCGGCAGCGGCAGUAGCAGCGGCCUGCCGCUGGGCGGCUUCUGGCUGCAGCGCUGGUGGCAGAUCAGCACGGCGGUGGGCGCGGCGGUGGGGCUGCUGGCGCUGUGGCGCUACCCGCGGAAGGGCCACCUGCACGGUUACGCCGCAGGCCUGGCCACGGCCAUCGUGUUUGCGGAGGCCAUAGCGCUGCUGGACGGCGCCGCAGGCGAGCUGGUGAGCGCAGCUGUGGCGCUGGGUCAGAUCCACGGCAUCUCGCCCUCGCUGCUGGGCGCCACGCUGCUGGCCUGGGGCAACAGCGUGUCAGACCUGGUGUCCAACACCAGCCUGUCGCGGGACGGCCUGCCCUCCAUGGCCAUCACCGCCUGCUUCGCCAGCCCGCUGUUCACACUGCUGGCAGGCCUGGUGGCCUCACUGACGUACGCCACGCGACACCACGAGAUGCAGCUGCCCGACGACCUGGCGCUGAGGGUGCUGUACGGCUGCAGCGCCACCAUCCUGGCCAUGUGGGCCCUGGCGGUGCCGCUGCUGUUCCGCUGGCGCCUCACACGCGCCACCGCCGGCCUGGCCCUGGGCGUGUACGCGGCCUUCCAGCUGGUAUACGUCUACGCCGUGUUGCGCGAGCCGCCGCGGGGCGUGUAAAACACACACACGCAUGCGGUCGCAUGCACACACGCGCCGCGUGUGCACGCGCGCGGCACGCGUGUGUAGCGGCCUGAAGGGGUGCGCGUGUGUGCGCCGUACGGUUGUGGUUGGUAGGGUGUUUGGACGUGUUGCUGGUUGAAGCUUUCAUUCUAGCGCUACGCGGGGUGUUGUGGGAAGCAUUGUGGACGUAUUGGAUUGCACACUGGGGUUCAUGCUAUUGGACUGCUCAUGGAGUUAUGAACAGACAAGGUCAGGGCAUUGUGAUGUCCAUUGCGGUCAUGCCUGCCGCCUACGUGCGAGCGCACUGCGGCUCAGCGCGGCCCCGGGAACACAUUCAUUCUGCGGUGCGCGGCAGGCCUCUCGGGUCGCAAGCUGCAGCUUUUGAUGUGGGCGGCAUUGGCAUUGGCAUACUGAGCAUCCCCCGCAACAACUUGGUGGGAAGUGGAUCGCCCGAGGUUGGCCUGUGUACAUGGCGGCACGCCGUUUGCCGUAGAUUGCGGGAACCGGUAAGCGGUCAUACGAUUGCGGGUGACGGUCAGCGGCCGUACGAUUUUGCUGGGGGUGGCUUUUGGUCUGACGCUGGUACGAAGCACUGCCUGGGGGUGGAGGUACCAUAUGUCUGCAAGUGGAAGCAGCGGCCGUGCGACCGUGCGUGGACAGCUGCACCUCGCGUGUACGAUGGGACAGGGUAAGGGACUGGUUGGCGUAGUUCUGUGGUGUGCAGCGUAUUCCCAGGCCCCGACAUUCAGUUUGCAACACGUCAAGGCAAGGUUGCGCGGCUGGUAUCCGGGCGUGUGGUCACUGUGUCAUUGAAAUGCUUGAAUGCGAACGAGUAUGCGAAUGCGAGUGCAGACGGCAGCGCUGCCGUCAACCGCUAGCGGAGGUUGUUGUCGCUUGCAAGCAGUGAAGGCGGUCAGCAGAGCGCAUGAGAGCAGACAUGGUGUGCCACGCCGUGCCACGCUACGGUAUAUAACGGACCGCCGACCACGGCCUGCUCCCGCAGGACACAGCCAGUAGGAGCGGGGGCGGGUGUUGCCAGCUCGUAGACGCGUCUCGCUGUGAGGUGCCGGGAGGGAAGUUUGCGCGCUGCCGAAAACUGCUGGCGCAGGAAGACGGGGAGGCGCCUGGAGGCGUGGGACACACCAGUUGGCGGGGUUGGGACAACCCAGGGACAUCCGCCCGCCACGGUUUCCUGGGGAAUUGCUGAACUGCAGCAACGAGUUCCUGCAAUGCAUAUGCAGGUGGCAUCAAGCGCGCAGUGCGGUACAGGUCUGUGAUAUGGGAACGGAUGGCUAGGAAACACGCGCCCCGGGAACGGGAUCGCGCGCCCAUGCCUUCUUUAGGAGCAUGCCUCCGUGUUGUAAACCGUUGUCUGU